UGUGAACGACGGUUACUUUUGAACAAAGAAGAUAGAGAAUUUUCAAGAAAUAAGAUACUAACUCAUUUAGAGGGAUUUCAGGGAAACUACAAACCAUAUUUGAAAACUUGGGAUCAGCUUUAUCUAAAGAUUCGUAACUACAUGAAAAUAAAGCAUGAUCUAGAAGCAUUACAAAGCUCAAAUAUUUCUUCUGAGGAGAUCAAUAAGUUAAGAGUAAAAAUAGAAAAAUUAGAAACGAAAGUUGUUGGAGAAACAGAACUACG